CAACGAGUAUGAGUAUGAGUAUGAGUACCAAGACCAAUUGACUAGCUAUUUUAGGUGCGAAACUAGAAUUUUGUAACUUUUGCCGCCAAUUUUUAGGAAGAGUACUCAGUACUGCUCCCAUUCUAGACUCAAGUAUCUUCCUGUAACUGUGCUCAAUCAAUCCCGUUUUAAUGGAAGACGACGAAGAACUCGUUUGUUUGACUUCCGAUGUCUCCGAUUCAAGCGAAGAAUUUCAGAUUACCGAUGACGAGGUCGAGGAAGAUGAAGUUUUCGAAGUAGCCGAUGAAGAUUGCCACAAACAUGUCGAUUGCGUCAAAAUUGACGACAACGAUUUGAAAUCCCGAAAUGUCGCUGCGCUAAUUAGAGGAAACCUUGUUGCGGAACGACAAUCAUUGGUGCCACGAGUUCUUUCAGCAAGAAAACCAUUUAAACCGCCAUUUUCUGAGGGUUGGAGUAAAUCUAAUGCGGACUUACUCCGGCGGCUUUCGGCUAGAAAGAGAUUUGUCCCGUGGCGGUCUACAAGCGGUGAUGAGGUUCCGUUAGUGAAAUUUCAGCCUAUAGUUGUUGAUGAGGAUGAGGAGCAGGAGGAAGUUGAGAAUUUGCCUCCAGGGAUCGAGCCUUUGGUUUUGUGGCAACCUGGGGAAUCUAUGGAUGGAGGAGGGAGUGUUUUGACGCCUAUAGUUGUUAAUGACUUGCUCGUUCGAUUCCUUCGACCCCAUCAAAGAGAAGGUGUCCAGUUCAUGUUCCGAUGUGUAUCUGGGUUGCAGUCUGCUGCCAAUAUAUUCGGAUGCAUUCUGGCUGAUGAUAUGGGUUUGGGAAAAACUCUGCAAUCUAUCACAUUGCUUUAUACGCUGCUCUGCCAAGGAUUUGAUGGGACACCUAUGGUUAAAAAGGCUAUUAUAGUUACCCCUACAAGUCUUGUGAGCAAUUGGGAGGCAGAAAUUAGAAAGUGGGUACAGGAAAGAGUUAAUCUUAUUGCCCUAUGUGAAAGCAGCCGAGAGGACGUUUUAUCUGCAGUUGAAAAUUUCACAAACCCACGUAGUAAAACACAGGUAUUGAUUGUUUCAUACGAGACAUUCAGAAUGCAUGCUCCAAAAUUUAGCCGUAGUGGAUCGUGUGACCUCCUUAUUUGUGAUGAGGCUCACAGGCUAAAAAAUGACCAGACUAUCACAAACAAGGCAUUAGCUUCACUUGAAUGCAAGCGCCGCAUCUUGCUGUCGGGUACACCCAUGCAGAAUGACCUUGAAGAGUUUUAUGCUAUGGUCAACUUCACUAAUCCUGGAAUCUUAGGUCAUGCUGCACAUUUUAGGAGGUAUUAUCAGGCACCCAUUAUUAAUGGAAGAGAACCCACAGCCAGUGAUGAGGAGAAAAAAGUUGGUCUUUCACGAUCAGAGGAAUUGAGUGCCAUAGUAAAUCAGUUUAUAUUGAGGAGAACUAAUGCAUUGUUAUCCAAUCACCUACCACCAAAGAUAGUUGAAGUUGUUUGCUGCAAACUUACUCCUUUGCAGGCGGAUUUGUACAACCAUUUUAUAAAAUCAAAAAAUGUGAAAAAGGCUAUUAGUGACGGAACAAAGCGAGCUAAAAUUUUAGCAUAUAUUACAGCCCUCAAGAAGCUCUGUAAUCACCCGAAGCUCAUAUAUGAUACAAUAAAAGCUGGAAAUUCAGGCUUUGAGGACUGCUUGAGCCUUUUCCCUCCAGAAGUUUUUUCCGGAAGAUCUGGAGGGUGGAGUGGGGGUGAUGGCCUUUGGAUUGAGCUAUCAGGGAAAAUGAAUGUACUAGCACGCUUAUUAUCUCAGUUACGUCAAAAGACAGAUGACAGGAUAGUCCUAGUCUCAAACUACACCCAGACCCUUGAUCUCUUUGCUCAAUUGUGCCGUGAGAGAAGAUACCCAUAUUUGAGACUUGAUGGAUCGACCUCGAUCAGCAAACGACAAAAGUUGGUCAACUGUUUUAACGAUUUUUCAAAGGAUGAAUUUGCUUUCCUCUUAAGCAGUAAAGCUGGGGGUUGUGGGCUGAACUUGAUCGGAGGAAAUCGCCUGGUUUUGUUUGACCCUGACUGGAACCCUGCCAAUGAUAAACAAGCUGCUGCAAGAGUUUGGAGGGAUGGACAAAAGAAGAGAGUCUACGUUUACAGAUUUCUGAGCACUGGAACCAUUGAAGAGAAGGUAUAUCAGCGUCAGAUGUCAAAAGAAGGGCUUCAGAAAGUUAUUCAGAAGGAACAAGGUGAUUGUGAUAAGGGGAACGCCUUUUCAAUGGAAGAUCUACGCGAUCUAUUUACGUACAAUGGGAAUUUGAGGUCUGAGAUCCAUGACAAGAUGAAUUGUGAUCGAUGUAGAGUUUGUGAUUCAAUACAUAAUGACAUGCAUGAGAACACAGUGGAGAUCGAUGGUAUUGAACCAAAAAGUGAAGAUAACCAACCUGGCCAAAAUGCUGUUGAUAUUGGUGGGUUUGCAGAAAUUUCUGGAUGCUUGCAUUUGCUAAAAAGUUCAGAGAAACAGGUGGGGUCUCCUUCUGAAGAGGAUUUGCUCAACUGGGCUCAUCAUUCAUCUCCCACGUUAGUUCCUGACGUUCUCUUUCAAGUUGCAGCUGGUGACGAGGUCUCUUUUGUGUUUACAAACCAGAUAGAUGGGAAGCUUGUCCCUGAAGAAUCCAUGCGCCGCCCUAAAAUGCAAGGAUCGGAGGGGAGUAGGACAUCAAACAACACAAAUUGGUCAAAUUCAGAUGGAAAUCUGAAGCAGAAAUCUUUCAAGUCAUCAGAAAAACAAUCAUCUUUAUCACAUUGUGGAAAUCCAAUAAGGAAAUUGCCACUUGUAUCAACGAAGCCUAUACAAGUGGCACCUCUGAAAUCAAUCAAAAGUUCUUUAAAAGAUGUAACGAAUCUAUCAUGGAGGUCUAAGUCGCCCCUCAGCAGGCAGCUACCUCUGAAAAGAUCAUUUCUUGCUAGAGAAGGCGAUAACGUCGUGGACCUGUUAUAACUUGCUCGGGCUACAUAGCUCAAUGAGAGUGGGUUUUGGUGAUGGUUACCUUUCUGGUGGCAUUAAAUUUACAGUAUAGGGUAAAAAGGUUUCAGGACUGUAACUUUUUAUGGCGAGUUCCACCAAAAGUUGUACUUGGUCAUGAAGUCCUGCACUCCUCCUGCCUUCUUAAUUAUGGAGAUACUGGCCUCAGAUCUUAUUCACUUUUUCCCCAAAGGCUUUUCAAAGCUAGGGUUUAAGAAGGCAUAAUGACAUGGAGCACUUAGCUGAGCUGGCGCGAGACACAAAUUUAACCAGAAACCCUAGCUUGAGCUGGCGCCCCGGUGUGACAAAGAGUUGUACAUCUAAGCCUUGUGUUGUUUUCAGUGUGCACGGCAGUUGCCAAUUGGUGUAUUUAUCACUAUAUCAGUGUGCAUCUCUAUAGGCAACGUAGAGCUGAAAUGGCAACACUCAAUUGUGUUCGUUUUUCCCUCUUGCUUCCCUUAUACGGAAAAACAUUGUAGCCCAUACAUUAUACAUAUAUUAUUAUAUUGAUAUAGUCA